CCAAGAUCAAACCUUACGGAUGGCAACUAUGUCGACUCUGAUGCAGCAACUCUGGAUCCGCCUGCAGACGAAGCUCCAGCUGAUUGCGCAAAGGAAUUUCCAAAGUACACCCGCUAUGCUGUUGUUGCUAGCUGCUUUAUGCUGCAGGCCCUGUCAUGCGGCUCAAUUCACUCUUGGGGUAUCCAGCAGGAGUACUUGAUUGCACACGACUUUGCUGGAGACAAAGGCCGAAUCAAAACACUGAGCUACAUUGGCACGCUCAUGUAUUUCGGCGUGCUGGCUGGCCUGAGGUUUGGUCGUACCAAAAGAUGUGCUUUAUUGGCGUCGUUUUCAUGGCGAUUGGCCCUCAUGGCAGCUUCUUUUUGCAGUGAGCCGUGGCAGCUAUGCCUUGCCCUGGGGAUUAUCUUUGGGCUUGGUGGUGGUAUAGUAUAUAGCCCAGCAUCCACAGCCUCCGCUCGGUGGUUCACGAAGCGACGUGGUCUAGCAACUGGGAUAGCACUUGCUGGUGUGGGCAUUGGUGGGCUUGUCAUUGCUCCGCUGACGGAGUUCCUAGUGCGCACAGUUGGUGUGCCCUGGAGCCAGCGCAUUGCAUCGAUAUACAUUAUAGUUUUCGGAUCCAUAUCCUUUGACUGGUCUGCGUUCCGUGACCGCAGCUUUGCAGUCCAGGCGCUGAUGGUGUUCUUUGCCACUGCAGCAUACAUUGUCCCGGUUACAUAUUGGCCCCAGUUUUGGACUAGCAAGGGCAUCAGCCCCGAGACUGCAUCGGUGAUGAUUGCAAUUUCAAACGUCUCCAAUGCUGUUGGACGCAUUGUGAUAGGGGUGACUGCGGACUACAUUGGUGUCCUGAAUUCUCUGAUGAUUGGAGUGGGCUGCUCGACAAUUGGGGCUCUGGUAAUCUGGCCGUUUGCAACCAGCGUUGGCUCUGGGCUGGUGAUGGGAAUCAAUUUACGGGUUUGCGCUUGGAUUGGUAUUCCGGCUGCAAGCGAGAUUUUGGCAACCUCCGGGCAUGGCACAGACUUUAUUGGCAUGAUUAUUUAUACUGGAGUCUUGUGGGCAGUGUCGUUUUUCUUUGCUUCAUACAACAGGCUGUCCUAUUCGCGCCAGGUGUUUGUCAAGGUAUGAUCUGGGCAUUUGGGGUCUGGUAUUUUUGUGUUAAUUAAUAUACAGCUUGGAUG